CCAUGCUUUACUGUUUUUGUUGGUCUCUUUACUUUCCACUACCCACAGUGCAGCAGGAGAGAGGAAGGAACAUGGCGCAGUGAAAAGCUGUGCUGAACCAUACUAGUUCUGUGUUUAUUUCUACAAUUCAAGGGAACGUAAUAAUGCGAGUGUGAAAUGGUUUCUUUCUUGUCUUGGAUAAAAAAAGCUGCUCCAUUGAUGUUUGGACGCCGAGAAGACGGGCUAAAAAUUUGCUUUCAUAAUAUACAUAAACAUUUCUUUAGGACUCACACGCCUUGAGUAGCAUUUCAGUUUUAAAGCCACGGUUUUCUCACGUUAAUUAAAAAUAAAAAUAAAGUUACGCCAUCCGAAGAUGGACGAAACGCACAGAAUAAACCCGCUGUGUUCGGAACAAGUUUCCCGACUUCGGGAAGAGCACGGAAAGGUGGUCACAGGCUGCCAAGAAAAAAUCCAGCACUGGAAAAGUGUCAUAAAUCAGUAUGAAGCACUUGAGAAACGACUUGAAACGUUGCCUGACCGUCUCACUUAUGAUGUCAUGGUACCAUUUGGUCCUCUUGCUUUCAUGCCAGGAAAGCUUGUCCACACUAAUGAGGUUACUGUUUUGCUGGGAGACAACUGGUUUGCCAAAUGCUCUGCAAAGCAGGCCGUUGACAUAGCGAAGCGCAGAAAGACACAUGUAAACAAAACGUUGGAUGACUUAAGCAAAGUUGUCAAGAACUUUCAGUCUAGGGUUGUUUUUACGGAUGAUCUUCAGAAAUUUGCUGAUGAAAAUGGUGAUCUUGUAGACAUCCGAGAAGAGUUCACAAGCGGAAAUAUUGAGACCAAAGGAAAACAUAGGAAGGCUCUUAGGCCUCAUUCCAAGCCAAAGAUAAAAGAUGAAGUUACAUUUGAGAAUGUUGAUGGUGAAUCUGAAAGAAAAGAUGCCCUAUCUGAAGAAGAAUUAUGGGCUAGACUAGAUGAACUUGAAAAACAGGAGGCAGUAAUGGAAGAACUUGACAGAAUUCAUGAUACUCCUACUGUCAAUGGAGAAGACAUCUCUUCAGAUGAUGAGAAAAGUGAAAAAAGUUCAGAUACAAAUGGGAAACACACAAGUUCAAAUACAAGUAGGACACUUGUAAAUGUUGAUGCAGAAUCAUCGGACAUUAAGUUGAGCAGUCAUAUUAAUGGUACAAGCCAGAGAGAAAGCAAGGAUUUUGAUGAGUCCAGAGAGAAUAUUAUGCCAACAAUAUAUUUUUCGCAUACAGUGGAGCCUAAACGAGUGAGGAUAAACACAGGGAAAAAUACUACUUUAAAGUUUAGUGAGAAGAAAGAAGAGGCAAAGCGAAAGAGGAAGAAUAGCAAUGGAAACGGGCAGUCAUCUCCAGGCUUACCUACUAUUAAAACUCCUGCUGACAUAUACAGAGUUUUUGUGGACGUUGUUAAUGGCGAAUAUGUUCCUCGUAAAUCCAUCUUGAAGUCUCGAAGCAGGGAUGACAGUGUAUGCAGUGACACUAGCGAGAGUAGUGCUGCUGACAUGGAUGAUAGGCGUAGCAUGUUAAGGAGCAUCAGCCACGAUGACAAUGCAUUAAGUGACAACAGUGAGGGAAUCUCUGAAGAAGAUGGGUUCUCUGCAAGAAAGCCUUCAGCAUUUACUGGGACUUUUGAGGCAUUCUCUGGCACCGUAGUAGAAAAGGAACCUCUGUCUCCAUCUUUAAUGCCACAUCUAACCAUAGUACAGCCUGGCCUUCCAACUAUACCUGAAAUAAAACUAGAAGAAAGAAAAGCAGAAGAAUCUUCAUCGCAAGUGUCAGAGGAAACUACAAAAAGAGUUUCAAAGUUCAAAGCUGCAAGGAUGCAGCAGAAGAUGUAAUGCUCAGUAAAAUGUGCACUAAAGUAUACUGUAUGUUUUGCAAGACUGAUGAGACAGAUUUUUAUCUGUUUGAAAAAAUUGUUUAUAAAAUGGCACUAUUCUUUAACAUUUUUUAAAGAGACUGAAGUGACAAAAUUUGAAUGCUCAGCUGAGCCGAGUACUUGCUACACUGCUGGACUGAUGACAGUAGUCAAUGCAUAAAUGGCAUAUUGAAGAAUUUUCGCCAGAUGCUCAUCUUGUUUCAGUUUUAAUAAGCAACGCAGAAUAUCAGAAAUAUUUUAAAAUAGUAUUUUUAAGGCAAUAUUGCUGGUACUGUUAGUUUCAUAGUUUAUAAGUCGAUGUUCUGAAAAUAAGACGAUUGCUUUCUGCUUGUGGAUCAUUUUGCAUUAAAGUUGUAAAAUGUUGGUGUUAAUUUCAGCACUGGCUGUGCUACAUGUAAGUCCUAUAAAAUCUGUGUCGUAUACAAGAUUUGGGAUAAGGAAAAAAACAUUUUUUUUUAUAUAUUUCACAUUUCAUGCAAACUAUAUCCCAGCUUGCGUUAUGAGCCAUGAACAGUUAAUUGAGAGGGUAAAGUAAGCUCAGGAAAAGAAUGUGUAAAAAAUAAAUAAAAUAAAUAAAAUGU